AUGGCUUUCGAUCGUCACAUCACCGAUGCUGUACGAAACCAUUUGUUUGCAAAACCAGGUGGGCUACUAACUGGAAUCGACCUACCAGCCGUCAACAUCCAGAGAGGUAGAGAUCAUGGAGUGCAGCCUUAUAAUGCAUACAGAGAGCUUUGCGGGUUAAACCGAGCUCGAACAUUCGAUGACUUGCGAUCCACAAUGGACGAUGCAGCAGUUGAUGCUCUGAAAAAAAUCUAUGAAAAUGUGAAUGACAUUGACUUGUUCCCUGGACUUAUGAGUGAACGACCUAUCAAAGGAGCGUUGGUGGGACCGACGUUAGCAUGCAUCAUAGGCGAACAAAUGCAGCGGUUGAAAAAAUGCGAUCGCUUCUACUACGAAAAUGACUUGCCUGCAACCAGAUUUGCACCAGAUCAAUUAGCGGAAAUUCGCAAGACUACCUUUGCCAAGAUCAUCUGCUCCAACAGCCAAUAUGCCAGAAAAAUACAGCCAAACGUCUUUGUCAUGGCUGACGAGUUAACAAAUGCACCUGCGUCUUGCUCAGAGCUUCCGGAUACGGACUAUUUUGAAUGGCUUGAUAGAGAUUACUGUCUCAUAGAUCAUCGCGUGAUUAAUCUUGGUAAAACGAAGAGAAUAACUCCAUGUGUGACAUGUACAUGCACAAAAGAAGGCGUGAGUUGA